AACAAUGCAGGUCAGGUAUUUUUUACUUCUCUACAACACAGCAGUGAACAGAGCACACUGUGAUUCUGGCACAUCUGCAUGUUAGAUAAAGCUAAUCGUGUGCAGCCGCGCUGUUAUGAUAGCGCGUCUCUUUUAGUCUGAAUGCAAAUGACUAUUGUUGAGAAGAAAGAUGUUUCUGCUGUCAUAUUAUUCAAUUAGAGCUGCGGCAGUGACAGCUGAGGGCGAUGAGCAUCAGCACCGAGGAAAGGAACAGCUGUAAUGAGGGGAGGGUGGGGGUGCAAUUCUGGAAGAUUCUGCAGGAAUCUUACGAGUGGACCCCAUUUCAUUCGUUUAUUGUGGGGACUGUUUCUCCGAGCUAGCUGGUUAGCCUUCCCUGUCAAAGCCACAACGUACACACUGUGGUUGGGACUAAAGGUUUUAGGAGCCAAUGACUGGAAUAGACUGAUACCUACUCCUCACUGCAAAGAUGUCAAAGAGACCAUCCUAUGCCCCUCCCCCUCCCCCUGCCCCUACAACUCAAAUGCCCAACACUACCGGGUUUGUGGGGUACAACCCAUACAGCCACCUUGCCUACAACAACUACAGACUGGGAGGGAGCCAAAGCAGCAACAGUCGGGUAACGAACUCCUCUGGAAUAAAUAUCCCAAAGCCACCCAAGCCGCCUGAUAAGCCACUGAUGCCAUAUAUGAGAUAUAGUCGUAAGGUUUGGGAUCAAGUAAAAGCCUCCAAUCCUGAUCUGAAGCUAUGGGAAAUUGGGAAGAUAAUCGGUGGCAUGUGGAGGGACCUCACUGAUGAGGAGAAACAGGAUUAUUUGAAUGACUACGAAGCAGAGAAGAUUGAGUAUAAUGAGAGCAUGAAGGCCUAUCACAACUCGCCAGCCUACCUGGCCUACGUCAAUGCAAAAAGCCGGGCCGAGGCAGCUCUGGAAGAGGAGAGCCGCCAGAGGCAGUCCAGACUGGACAAGGGCGAGCCUUACAUGAGUAUCCAGCCAGCGGAGGAUCCAGAUGAUUACGAUGACGGGUUUUCUAUUAAGCACUCAGCUGCGUCUCGUUUCCAACGCAACCACCGUCUGAUCAGCGAGAUCCUCAGUGAGAGCGUGGUUCCAGACGUGCGGUCUGUUGUUACCACUGCUCGCAUGCAGGUCCUCAAACGCCAGGUCCAGUCUUUAAUGGUACACCAGAGAAAGUUGGAGGCAGAGUUGCUUCAGAUUGAAGACCGCCACCAGGACAAGAAAAGGAAAUUCAUUGAAGCCACAGAGUCAUUCACGAAUGAGCUCAAGAGGCUGUGCUGCAUGAAGGUGGAGGUGGACAUGGAGAAGAUUUCUGCAGAGAUUGCUGCAGCAGAGGAGGCAGCCCGCAAACGGAUGGCAGAAAGAGAAAAGGAUGCGGGAGACCGAGUUGCAAGAGAGGCCCCCACCUGUGUCUUAGCAGAAGAAGAAAAACACAUUUGUGCAACACAUGGCAACAAGUCCCAGCAUAAUUCUCUCAGUGAAAAUAGCAACAAGGAAGGCGAGGAAGCCGAAUCUAACACCACAGACGCACCAGGGAAGCCGAAGGCCUCAGAGGAGCUCGAGGCUCAUCCAGGAAGUGAGGAGGGGGUUUCAGAGGACAAGGAGAGUGUCCCAGAGGGAGCCAUGGAGGAGGGAACCAGCGACAGUAACACAGGCUCAGAGACCACCUCUGCUCAGACAGAAGAUGCCCCGACUAGUGAGCCAUUAGAGGGGCCCAGCAAAGCAAGAGCUGCCCACUGAGUCCAACACCUAAGUGUCUGUGAACCGGCCUCUGAAUCAUCCUCUGAUAACACACAGUAUAUUGCACAGUACCAUCUCAGUUUGUCACAGCAUAUGAAGAGUGUUCAGAUGGGCUCAGUGUUUAAACAAGCCUGAGGCAAAGAUGACGUUUUAGGUUGAAAAGGCUCACAGACACGCGCUGAAAACAAAUAAAUGAAAAAAGUAAAACACUUGAAGCCGGCAAAGCAAUGCUCAUAACAUCAGUGGCUGCUAGGUGCGCCAUAGAAGCCCAUGUGAAAGCACUAUAUUCUGUCUACAGACCCCAUUGCCAUUUGGAAGAACCCAUAGAGGCCCUCUUCAGCACAUAUUGAUACAUAUCUCUAGCACUAUGUCUGGCAGAUCCCAGAUCGUCGCAAAAUGAAGACUGGCUCUAUGAAAAAAAGCUGUCACAUGAAACAAACAUUGUUCAGUGUUAUAUUUAUCGUUGCCCUCUGUAUUGUAGUGUCGUUGUUUUUAUUGUUAUUUUUGCAUGUUGCAAUUUUUAAAAAUAAGUUGGCAUACUUGUGAAGAGUGGAGCUGGGUGACCAUCUCCUUGGCAGGAGAAUAUUUGUUUACUAUCUGUAUCAGUAUUACAGUGACAGUAUUGUCUCAGGAGUUUGUAGUCAUUAGUAGUAGAUCUUUUUGUUAUUUAUUGUAAGCAUUUUUAUUAUACUUGUGUAUUGGUUGUCCUGGCCUGUGCCUGGCCCAGUCCAUCCAUAAGUAUAUCAUCAGUAUGAUCAUCAAUGCUGUACAAUGCUCAACUACCAGUGUUCUCAAGUUUGCUAGCUGUCAAUCAAAUCAAAAGCAGUACGCUUAGAACAAUUCUGUGUUAUGAUCAAUAUUGCAAUUUUCAGCAGAAGGGUACCGGAACUUUUAAAUGUACCGUAAUUGUGUACACAGUGUAACGAGGUUUGCUUAAACAUGGAUUUUCAUGUCAUAAAACAGCUUGAGGAACAGUCAUGAACAUGCAGUCUUAAAAUGAAUUUCCUUUUGCAUAUUUAUACCAAUAAACUUUUCUACCCUGA